UCAAUGUCCUGUAACCAGGGCAAACUUUACAGCACAAAGUUUAUGAAAAACAUCCAGCCUGCUGAUUCAACUCUACAAACCUGCCAUUCCACUGUGGUGUUCACAGAAAGAUAUCACUGCAAAAUGAGGAUCCUAUUCUUCAUACUGGGUGUCCUCCUGGUCCCGCCACCAGCAUUUUGUGGAAUUAAGUCUUUAGCUCAACAUUUUGAGCCACAGCCAACCGGUGCAUCACCAAACCUGAGGACCAAUGAAAAUCUCCCCAGCAGGAAUAUCGAACAAUUGCAUGAGGACAAUACGUUAACACAGGACCUGCUCCCAGAUAUAGAGGAAGACGAAUACCUGGAUUUUGAUGCAAUAUUUGCUGAAGAGGAUGACGAUUAUGUUGAUGAAAUUGACGAAAUAGAAAUCUCACCAGAAAUAGACACGGAAUCUCUUCAUUUAGACCCCGCAGCAAAAAGAGCCAAGUUACUCCAACUAUUCCACGGCAAAACCAGGAUUCAACGCUUGAACAUCGUCAAUGCCAACUUUGCUUUCAAUCUUUAUAAAAGUAUCAGGAAUGGAGUCAACCCGCUUGACAACAUUUUACUAGCGCCUGUUGGCAUCUCAACCACCCUGGGUAUGGUUUCUCUAGGUGCAAGACGCGAAACCCAUCAGCAGCUAUUCCACGUCCUGGGCUUUGCAGAGUUUGUAAAUGCAAGUGUAAAGUACGACCAGAUGACCGUUCACAAUCUCUUUCGCCGGCUGAGUCAUCGCCUCUUUCGCCAUAACUUUGGUUACACUCUCCAGGGUAUUAAUGGUCUUUUUGUACGUCAGGAUGCUCAGAUUCUGAGCAACUUCACACAAAAUAUGAAAGCCUAUUACUUCACCGAGCCACAGUCCGUCAACUUCACUGACCCUGCUCUGAUUCAUAAAAUGAACCAACGCAUUCUUAAGCUCACCAAAGGACUGAUUAAAGAAGGUAUAACGACAAUAGAUCCACAAACUCUCAUCAUGAUUCUGAACAUCUUGUACUUGAAAGGAACAUGGCAGACCAAAUUUCCUCAUGAAAGGACAUACCGAGGGGCUUUCUGGCUGAAUGAAAAGGAUUCUGUCAGGGUGCCUAUGAUGCAAACCCGGGGAAACUUCCCAGCAACAGUAGACCACAAACUUGAAUGUGACAUCCUCCAGCUGCCGUAUGUGGGAAACAUCAGUAUGUUAAUCGUGGUGCCCCGCAAAUUCUCUGGCAUGAAGACUAUUGAAAUGCAGCUGACGUCAGAGGUGGUGUUGACCUGGUUAAAGACCAUGACCAACAGAACAAUAAAGGUGAUGCUCCCCAGAUUUAACCUGGUAAAGCAGUACGACCUGGUAUCAUACUUCAAGACUCUCGGACUGUCGCUGCCUUUUGAACAAACAGCAGACUUUACUGGAAUAUCAACUCAAGAGAAUCUGGGCAUUAACCUGUUCAAACACCAAGGAUCGAUCACAGUAAAUGAAGAAGGAACGACAGCAGCUUCUCUGACAACGGUUGGCUUCAUGCCCCUCUCCUCGCAGAAUGAAUUUGCUGUUAAGAAGCCUUUCUUAUUCCUUAUAUAUGAGCACCGCACUGAAUGCCUACUGUAUAUGGGCCGGGUGACAAAUCCUUUGAAGAACUAACGACCUACACAUUAAAAUUGCUAUACUGCCAAUAAACAGGCUAAUAUUGACCAAAAAUUAAUCAAUAUAAAAUAUUGUGACAUUAAGGUAGAAGAACAUAGCACUGUAAACAGAAGAGUGUUAUUUCACGGAAUGAGCUGUCAAGUCAGAUAUUAAAAGAGCAACAUCUUCCAAAAUGCUGGCGGAACUCAGCAGGUCAAGCAGCACCAAAAGAGGGAAAUAAACAGUCAACAUUUCGGGCUGAGACCCUUCAUCCGGACAGGAAAGGAAGGGGGAAGAAGCCUGGCAUUUCCAUUGAUGCUGUCUGACCAGCUAAGCUCCUUCAGCAUUCUGUGUAUGUCGCUCUGGAUUUCCAGCGUCUACAGAAUCUCAUGUGUUAAUAUUUUCCUUCUGAAGAUGUACCUUUAUCCAAUCCAUUCCAGGGUAGUAGUGUGAAUUAUCAACUCAUGACUCAGUAGAUGCUGAAAAUUCAAACAGAAAAAACUCCUGAGGAACUCAGCAGGUCAGGCAGCAUCUAUGGAGAAGAACAGAGAAACAGUCGACAUUUCAGGCCAAGACCCUUCAUUUUGGCCCAAAACAUUGAUUGUUUAUUCCUCUCUACAGAUACUGCCUGAC